GAAGGAUAGAGAGUUGGUAUUCAAGAUAUCUAGAUGCCUAUCGGUUCAUGAAUCAACUGCGCCAACCCUAGGCUUAGAUGUGAUAGCGGACGCCGAUAUAAGUUUAAUGUCAAGAGAAAACUUAGGCACUAUCAGGAUGAGAAGUUGGAAAGUUCUGAUACAUCAUGUACUCCGCGUGACCAGGCAUGGCGAACCCAAGUGUUGGAGAACUAGCCUUCACCCUUUGCUGGCGAUGGCUUUAGACCAUCCGUCCCAAGCCUCCACCUUGAGCAAGUUCCGAGGUCGGCACUUAGGUACAAUAUCGCGAGCAUGAUUAACCCAGUCAACGCCAGAAAUAUCUCAUGUAUUACGGUGCGAGGCAACUUUCUGCGGUACACCUCGCCGGUCUUACCAUGUAAUGACAGACGCCGCCCCUCCUCCCGGGUGUUCCCCCUCACGUGGGGGCGCCGAAUACACUGCAUGGCACCAGGCCGGGCGUCUCUACGGCCGUGGAGCUGUUAUAGCCAGCCGACAAAGCAUUCGACCGGGGGGCGAUUAUUCAUGAGUUCGGAGAGAAGAACGUUGGUGGACGACACCCCCCCGCGGCCGUCGAGGUCGCUCGCUGGAAAAGUUGCCAUCGUGACCGGGGCAGGAUGCGAAGGUGACGGCCUCGGCAAUGGCCGGGCCAUCUCGGUCUUGCUAGCCGAGGACGGAGCAUCGGUCGUGUGCGCCGACUUGAACCAGGCGUGGGCCGAGAAGACGAGCGACAUGAUACGAGCGGAGGGCAGGGGGGAGACCGCAAGCUGCCAGGGAGACGUCACCGAUCCCGACGACUGCCGGAAGAUCGUGGACGUGGCGAUGACGACGUUCGGCCGCGUCGACAUCCUCGUCAAUAAUGUCGGCAUCAUCGGGGCUAAGGGCACCGCGACCGAGUUCGACCUCGAGCAGUGGCGCCGCGGCCUCGACGUGAACGUCACGAGCAUGGCGAAUAUGGUGAGGCUCGCCGUGCCCGAGAUGCGCAAGAAUGACGAGUCGCUGGGUCGGGUCCGCGGAAGCAUCGUCAAUAUGGGAUCGGUGGCGGGGCUAGUCGGAGGGACUCCCCAUCUGCUGUAUCCGACGAGCAAAGGCGCCGUGGUCAACAUGACGCGUGCGAUGGCAGCGCAUCAUGCGCCCGACGGCAUCCGUGUGAACUGCGUGUGCCCAGGCAUGCUGUACACGCCUAUGAUACACGCGAAGGGCAUGAGCCGGGAGAUGCGAGAGGCGCGAAGAAAUCGAAGCCUCUUGCGGACGGAAGGGAACGCGUGGGAUUGCGCGACGGCCGUCCGGUUCCUAGCCAGCGAACAGGCCCGUUGGAUCACGGGAAGCGUGCUCACCGUCGACGCUGGCGCUACUGCGGUCUCGGCCAUCCAACUCGUGUGAAGAAGCAGCCGUGCUGGAAAUAUUUGAAAUUGGGAUCACGGUAGGCUUGGUUUUCAGGGGAGAUGAGCUAAGUAGCGAAGACUACCAAGUAGCGCUAUUAGGAAUCGAACCUAUCCUUCGUUAAGUAA